GUUGACAUUCCCCUGUCUUUUUUUCUCUCUCUCUCUCUGUGGUUCUCUGGUUUCUCUGUCUCUCUCCCCCUCAUGGUGGUCAGUCGUGUCGGGCCCCGGGGCCUGGACGCUGAUGAAUCUGUGGGGCCGGCCGUGUGGGCCGCGUACACCACCGUCUUCAUCCCUCUGAGCAGCAGCCUGUUCUCCAGCAAAGCCUCGAGCUUCUACGUCUGGUUAAAGCAGAUGAAGGAGCUGGAACAGGAGAAAGAUUCUCUUCUGGCUGGGCUGGACCUGUUAGAGAGAGCCAAAGAAUGGUACCAGACCCAGAUCCAUAAUGUCACUGAGACACAGAGACAAGUUGGCCAGAGUCAUCACGCAACUGAGUUCUUCACUUGUCAGAGUCGGUUGGAUGUUCUUCUGCCUAAAUUACAGGAAGUGACACGCUGUCUGAAUAAUUUGAUUUCAUUCUCGAGGACGGCGCUCCAAUCCGUGAGCUUACUGUCUGUCAGCGGCUCCUGCAGUGCUCCUCCUGCUCCUCCUCAGGCCAUCCACAUACUGAAGGAGCAGAACCGACUCCUCACACAGGAAGUUACAGAGAAAAGUGAGCGCAUCACUCAGCUGGAGCAGGAGAAAUCUGCUCUGAUCAAGCAGCUGUUUGAGGCUCGAGCGCGCAACGUUCACGACAGCAGCGUGCUCGACUCCACCUUCAUCUAACAUUGAGCACUCCACCACCGAACCAAACGCCUCCGCACUACUCCGUUACACACUUCAACAAACAUCCACCAUACAGCGUUUUCAUCUGAGCUCCAUUUCAUACACUAUGAUCUCAAUAACAGUCCAAACACCGGAUCCAUGCAGGAGCUCUUUGAGCCUAGCUGUUUGUUUUUCUUCCUGAAUGGAUUCUCAUUUGAUCGCACUGAGUUUCUUCAUUUCAAUCAACUGUGACUGACUACAUUUACAAACACAUGAACUAACCAGAACAAUAAACCACAGAUAACUGUAAUUCAUCCCAUCAGAUCACAUCAUGGACAAGCGCAUCUCUCCAGUGGGAUUUUAAGAAUCAUUAUUUAAGUCUAUGAAACAUACAAGUGUUAUUAGACUAAAUAUCAGUAUUGUUUGAAUGUCACCUGUCCAAACACAUCCAAGGCCCGGAACUAAUUGUCAUAUAAUUGAAAUAACCCAGAAUACUUUUCUUUUCUCUUCUGAAGCUUAGUGAUCAUGAGCUGUGAACGGUUUGUAGUGUGAUUCAGAAUUAUGAGUGUUUGUUUGCUUCAGUGUGACUGAAGUGUAGUUUUGCAGUGAAUCAGUUGUGAUGAUGAAUUGAAUCUCUGCGGGAAGUUUUAAGUGAUUUCAUGAAUGACUACAGCAGUCACACAUAUGAAUCUUUAGAGGAGAGAUCAAAAUUCCUCUGUGUGACUGUAAAUGUUUUCAACAUAUUUCAACAGGCCACAUAUUUACUACAGUAAUGUAUGAACCCAGCAGCAAAGAUCAAAAACUCCCUCUCAGCCCUCAAGAUCAAGAUGAUGCAAGGGUGUGGAAAUGUCUUAGGAGUGUGUUUUACCGAAUGUAUUAUCAACGUAUCACAGAGGAGAAAUCAGGAGGGUAGAAAGUUACACGUGGUUCAUUGGGAAUAAUUUUAACGUGACAUCUUCAGAUUUCUUUGAUUUCUAGUUACACAUGUUGAAAAUGUUCUCAACUGUGUGAUCCCAGAGGUUUGCAGACUGUUAUUGAUCAAAUAUUACACACUUUAAAUUCCUUGUCUCUGUCUAUCGUGGUUUGCCACUCCAUUUUAUAACCCCCUGAUGAACGGAUGUUACCUGUAUUGUGACAUUUAAUUAUUAUGUGAUAAUUGUUUUAUUACAUAUUGAAGCUGAUUGGUGAAUCACACAAAAACCAUCAAGAACAUGUCCAGGUUAUAUUUCACCCCUAAAAAGAGAAAGAAAAGAAAUAAGAAAUUAUAUUUUGUAUAAAGAAAAUAGAGUCUAUCAUUAAAUGAUUGAAGUGAGUUACAGGAGAACCAGCAGAGCUUCAUCAGAGGGUUUAUAUUUGAAUGUGAUAUAAUUUCACUUCACAUGCUGUCAUCAUCUGAUUAUUCUCAGUCUUCUGCUUGCUUUUGCAUUUAUAAUCCACAACGAUCUUGCUGCCUUUUCUUUAUUAAAACGCGUUGUUCAUUCA